GGAUAUUUUCACUCGGAUAUUUCAACCUCGGAUAAUUUUACCCUCAGAUAUUUCAUCCCGGAAUUAAGUGGUAGCGGAAUUUUGUUCACCGGAACUAAUUACACCACUGAGUGGUUAGCCAAUAGUCAGUACCUUACUUUCAAUGGGAGGGGUUAUUCAAGACAUUUAGUCCCUGCUUAUGAAUGAUUGCCCUCAGAAUACUUCCAUUUUUAAUGUCUAUUUACCUUGGCAUGUCAUUACCCAAAAUUUUAAUCCCUUUGUAAACUUUUAUGUGUGCAAAUAUGGCGACAAAUGGCCUUGAUCGUAAUGAUAGCAACACGAACCUUUCUGUAAUUUGUGAAGACACAGCAGGUCUAGUUGCUGAUUUAGGGCGCCUGUUCAAGAGUGCAAAAUUUUCUGAUGUUCUUUUCAUCAUUGGAAACAGCAAGGAACAGUUUAUGGCUCAUAGUUUAAUUCUCAAGGCAAGGUCUUUGAAAUACCAUGAAGAUGAUUGUUCAGGGUCAAUUUAUGAACCAAACUGGAGUCCUGAGGUGUUUGAGAAUGUCCUGCGCUAUAUCUAUACAGGAAAGAUUGAAUUGACUUCAACAACAAACUUAGAGAUCCUUAAAAUUGCUGCUAAACUUAAAAUGUCAAAGUUGAUUUCAAAAUGCGAGGAGUAUUUCCUAAAAGAACUCUCAAUCGAGAAUUGUUGCGAGUUUUAUCUGGGUUCAAUCCAUAUGGGCAUCGAAAGCAGUAUCGAUAGUGAGCUGGUAAAAAUCUCUCAAUCUUUCAUAGAAGAAAACGCGAGCGAAGUCGUUCAAACGCAAGGAUUUCGAGGCCUUAGCAAAGAUGCGUUGAUACAACUCUUAACUAGCGACAAGUUUGAUUUAGAAGAAGAGGACGUUUGGCGCGCCGUAUUGACGUGGGCGAAACAUCAAGCAAACGUUGAAACACCUUUGGAAGACUGCACAGAAUAUGAACGUGAAGAUGUCUGCAAGUAUUUGAAGCAAGUAAUAAACUACGUUCGGUUGCUUCUGGUGGAUAGCAAGGUGUUUGCUGAAGAAAUAGAACCUACAGGUGCUGUCCCCAUGGAACUAUCUCUUGAAAGAUAUAGAUUUGCUGCAGUUCCUCAGAAAUUUGAUCAGAAUGAUGACAUUAGAUUACGACCACGCUCUCACACGAAGAGAUUUCACGGCACGACAAUCUUAUGGAAAACUAAUUCAAAAUAUCAAUCCAUCUUAAAUCACUGGUUUGGAAAUCCUCACCAAGAAUGGCAACUCAUUUACAAAGCAUCAGAAGACGGAUUCUCAUCAAAAACAUUUCAUGAAAAAUGCGAUGAUGUUGAAAAAACAUUUACCAUCGUUCAGGUGAAGGGAGACAAUGGCUGUAUUUGCGGGGGUUUCAGUGAUGUCCCCUGGAAGUAUGACAAAGGAAAUGGAAAAUACAGUCAAUCAUCGAAUUGUUUCCUAUUUAAUUUGGUCAACUUUGAAGGAUUUCCACCGAAAAGAUUUAAUGUCAUUCGACCAAAAUUUGCGACAUUAAGUCAUAUCAGGGUGUCAUGGAAAUGAUUCAGGUAAACAGGUCAGGGGCAUCUGCCACGUUGAAGUUGCAUGAACAAUACUGCAAAUAUAUUUGUACUUCACAUUACAAUAUCAUAUUUCUCACACAUUCGGUUAAUAAUUAACUUUACUUCUAAAUACUCGUGCUAAAUUUUAAUCCGUUGAAAACAAAAUCCGAAAUUUUACACGGAAAAGAAUUCAUAGCGUAGCGUCGGUUUGUAAUUGACAGGAAGAACAUAUUACAAUGCAUGAAGCAUU